UAGAGCUGGUAGCACACACACACACACACACACACACACACACAAAAAAAAAACCUUCUGCUCUCAGACUUUCCCCGAAGAGGAGGGACAGGUGUUUCUGACCGACCCAGAGGGCUGUAGAAAUAUAAUUUUUAUCGUGUUUAGAUAUUAACACUCCAGCAAAUCCAAAAUGUUAUGAAAGAGUCAACGAUGGAGCUCGACGAGACGGAGACCAAUUUGUCACCUUCCUGGUCUCCCGUAUCAAGAGACAGACUCCUGACAUGUGCCAACCUUUCUGAUUUAACGGGGAAAAAAAGGAAACAGGACCCAAGCAGUGAUGCUGAAUUUUCAGCUCGAUCCUCAGAAGACUAUGACGAUGAUGACUUUCCCACUGAUCUCCCGCAUGAAUCUGAGGGACCUUGUAACAAGAGGGUCAAACCAGUGGACAGAAGUAGUGGAGUUACAGGUAUUAUAGCACCAGUGAAGACCCCUGCACUGAAACGGUUGGGACAGUCCAUCCAGCGCUCCAUCAGCUUCCGUACAGAGGCAAGGCCGAUGCCACCGAUGCCGAUCCGGAGCCGUCAGAAGGCUUCUUCUUUCCCGCGGCGACGCAGCAGCCAGCUGUGGAGUGACACUGUGGACAGCCUGAGCCAGGAUCUUAGUGCCAAAGAGAUUAAGAGACAGGAGGUGAUAUAUGAAAUGACACAAGGAGAAAAACAGCUGAUAGAAGACCUCAAUUUGGUCAAAAAGGUUUACUAUGAGCCAAUGCUGAAACUGGACAUCAUGACAGAAAGUGAACUGGGGCAGAUCUUUGGGACUCUGGAUUCUCUGAUUCCUCUCCAUGAAGAUUUUUUGGCUCGUCUGGAAGGACUACGAGGGUCAGAGAAGACCGUCGGGGAGGUGGGGCCGACUCUGCUGGACUGGUUCCCUUGCCUGGAUGCCUACAUCACUUACUGCUGUAACCAAGUAGGUGCCAAAGCUCUUCUAGACCAGAAAAAGCAGGUACGGCGUGUUGAGGAGUUCCUCCGCUUGUGCCAAGAGUCGUCCUUCAGCAGGAAAUUGGACUUGUGGAACUUCUUGGAUCUGCCACGUAGUCGUCUCGUGAAGUAUCCACUGCUUCUGAAGGAGAUCCAGAAGACUACGCCACACGACCACCCCGAUGAGGACACGCUGCCUCAGGCCAUGGAGCUAAUCCAGAGCAUCAUCACCGAAGUGAACCGUAAGACCGGCGAGGCGGAGUGUCAGUUUUAUAAGCGAGGUCUGUGCUACCCAGAGGAGGGUCAACGAGUUCCAGAGAUUCAUGCCUCACGCUUUCUCUACUGCCAUGGUGAACUCAAGAGCACCAAAGGACAGAAGCUGCACGUGUUCUUGUUCGAGCUGGUGCUGGUUUUGACUCGCCCGGUGGUGCAGGACAAGGAGGGCAUGGUGCAGUUCCAGGUUUACCGUCAGCCUUUACCUGCUGCCCAAAUCCUGCUGGAGGACCUGCCCGAUGGAGAGGCCAGCAGUUCUGGAUCCUUCCGUAGCACCUUUACUGGCAAUGACAAAGUGAAGAACUGCUUCCGUGUGAGCAGCAGGGGGCGCACAAAGGCUCAGUCGCACAGCCUGCAGGCCAACGACUCCUUCAACAAGCAGCAGUGGAUUUCCUGCCUGCGCCAAGCCAUCAUCCAAUCACGAGACAGAGAUGCUCAGGCCAGCCAAUCCAAGGUGCAGCUAGACCCUGAGCCCCAGCUCGAACACAUCGCUGAACUGAGCCUGAAUUCUGACGUGGAGAUGAUAGACACAUAGGUCAGAGGUGACAUCACUUUACAAGGACAAUGCUAAAGUUCCCGGUCCAUACAGUCUCACACGCCUUUCAUGCGAGGAACUGAUCAAGUUUACAAACUGUCAUAUUAUAGAAGUGAAAGAUAUUUAUAUGGUUGGUUGUGAUCUUCAAGGCACACGGAUGUGUAGUACGGUUCCUCUGAAGCAAACUCUGCAGUCUGAAGAAGGUGUAAAGUGAUUCACUCACAUGUGCUUUCUGUUUAGGUGAAUAAGUGUAUUUUAGGCAAUGAGUCCCUGAGCUCAUUCCUGGGUUCUAUGUAGCUUGUAGACAUAUGAUAAGGCUCACAAACAGUAAUUAUAAUAGUAUAAUAAUUUCAUAUUGUGCAUUAUGCAUAUAGUCUGAUCUUGAAUGUGAAUUCCAUUACAGAAAUGAAAGAAGACAUUUUUAUUACAGUUAUCCCCUCUGUUAAACUGACAGCGUUCAUGUGAAGUUGGAUUUCAACUAAGAAGAUGUGGCAGAGAUGGCGCUAUUCACUUAUGGAGUUUUGUUCUAUUAAUAAAUGAUAUUCUGUUGUUUAUAGACAUGUAUUAGCUUGAAGUGCAAUAACAAGCUCACACUUCCUGAUACAGUUUUUUAUUAAGUUUGUUGAUUGUAAACUGCAUACUAUGAGGAAUACAUAAAUAUAAAUUUAAGGAAUUUCCCCAUGGGAUUAAUAAAGUUCUUUGAAUCUUGAAUAAGGAAAAUACAAAGAAAUGUAAGUUAUAGUAGCAAGCUAUGGCUUUCCCAAAAUGUUCAUUUAUAACUGCAAAUAACAAAAGAGUUUAAAUGUUAAAAUAUUAGUAAUGAAUUAUAUGUGAUGUUUCUGCUGUGUAUGUCCAGACAUUACCUCCGUACCUGCCCAGUUUCUACUGCUGUAUUUUUGAGAUCUGUAUUGUAUCAGGAUUCUUCUUCA